GCCUGUUGGGCUCUCGACAACCGCUGUUAUUUGCCAAAUACUGGGAUUGUGUUGGACAUUUUUCGGUGUAUUUGUGAGAAAAAGCUGCCAAGGUGUCGGUGUCGAGCAGCGUUCUGCCCGGGGCCAUAACGAUGAAGAUGCUGGCACCGCACGACGGGCCUGAUAUUGCGCCCGUCGACUCUUCCGGCGAAUGGCACACCGCGACGAUCUGGCUGAUAGUGGUGGGCGCCGGGGGGCUGCUGCUGGCGGGGCUGGGCGCGGCCGCGUGCUGGCUCGCGAGGCGCCGCAGCUCGCUCGCGCACAAGCUGGGAGGCAAACGAGGUCCCGACAAGGCGCUGGUGUUCCAGCCCCCCCGGCGGGCCACCGCGGUACGGUCCCCGGGCUCCGCCACGCACUACCUCCGCAAGUCCCCGUCGCCGACCGCCCCGGCGCCGCCCUCGGCCUCCCCGCCGCAACCGCAGCCCCCGCCGCAGAACCCGGGCUCGGGUCACAACAGUCCCCACUCUCCGACCGCACCCGCCGAGCCAGCUCCCCUCAGCAAGGAGUUAGCUGACGCCAACGCCACGGAGAAGGUCAAGCCAACUGAGCCGGACACCAACGACGGCAGGCUCGGUGAUCUCCACUUCAAACUCAGAUAUGAAAACGAGAGGAAUGCUCUGGUGGUGUCCGUGGUCUCCUGCCAGGGUCUGCCGGGCCGCGAGCCAGCUGGACCAGACCCCUACGUCAAGCUGCAGCUGUUGCCUGAUAAGCAGCAUAAAGUCAAAACCAGAGUGGUCCGCAAGACUCGGUGCCCAGUGUAUGACGAAGACUUCACAUUCUACGGACUGGGGCCCAACCAGCUUGCUGAGAUCACUCUGCACUUCGUCGUCCUGAGCUUUGACAGAUAUUCCCGCGACGAGAUCAUCGGCGAGGUGAUAGCUCCUCUGUGUGGGCUUCAGCUGCAAAGCGGAGAGGCCAUGGCGCUGUGCCGGGAGAUCCAGCCUCGCAGCCUGAAGAUGCGCAGCGUGGGCCGCGGCGAGGUGCUGGUGUCGCUGUGCUGGCAGCCGGCGGCGGCGCGCCUCACCGUGGUGCUGCUGAAGGCCAGGAACCUGCCCAAGAUGGACGUCACCGGCCUCGCAGACCCCUACGUGAAAAUGUACCUGCUAUACAACGGGCAGCGCAUCGCCAAGAAGAAGACGCACGUGAAGAAGAGAACCCUGAACCCCGUCUUCAACGAGUCGUUCGUGUUCGAAGUGCCGGCCGCCCCCAACGCCACGCUGGACCACGUCUCCUUGGAGCUACUCGUGUUAGAUUGGGAUCGUGUCACCAAGAAUGAGGUGAUCGGGCGCCUGGAGCUGGGCGCGGAGGGCGCGGGCAGCGCGCGCCACCACUGGCGCGAGGUGCAGGCGGCGCCGCGCCGGCAGAUCGCCGACUGGCACAAGCUCAAGGAGUGA